AUGCUGCCACGUGAGGGCCGUGGAGUCCUUGGCUUGGGCUUGUGCUGGCUGUGUAUAUUCACACCUUUCUUUGAAGGUAGACGCUUCCGCAGGCUGCUUUCGCGUUCCGACCGGCUCAUCAGGCCCGCGGAAAACGUCUCCGGUCCCGUCACGGUGCGGCUCGAAGCGGCCGUCACACGGCUGGGGCUGGCCGAUGAAGUAAACCAGAUCAUGGAAACCGAUCUGUGGCUGCGUCACAUCUGGAAUGAUUAUAAAUUGCGUUGGGAUCCAACAGAAUACGAUGGCACUGAGACUCUCCGUGUUCCCGUGGACAAGACUUGGAAGCCUGACGUUGUUCUCUAUAACAAUGCUGUGGGCGACUUCCACGCACAAGGCAAAACAAAAGCUCUUCUUCAGUAUGAGGGCCUGGUAACCUGGACUCCACCAGCUGUUUGUAAGAGUUCCUGUCCUACGGAUAUCACCUUUUCCCCUUUUGAUCAUCAAAAUUGUUCCCUAAAAUUUGGCUCCUGGACAUGUGACAAAGCUGAAAUUGAUCUUCUAAUCAUUGGAUCUAAAGUAGAUAUGAAUGAUUUUUGGGAAAACAGUGAAUGGGAAAUUGUUGAUGCUUCAGGCUACAAGCAUGACAUAAAAUACAACUGUUGUGAAGAGAUAUACACAGAUAUAACCUAUUCUUUUUACAUUAGAAGGUUACCAAUGUUUUACAUCAAUCUGAUCAUCUCUUCUCUUUUUAUCUCAUUUCUGACUGUGUUGGUUUUUUACCUUCCUUCGGACUGUGGUGAGAAAGUGACACUUUGCAUUUCAGUUCUGCUUUCUCUAACUGUGUUUUUGCUGGUAAUCACAGAAACCAUCCUGUCCACGUCUCUUGUGGUCCCACUGGUGGGGGAGCACCUACUGUUCACCAUGGCCUUUGUCACCCUGUCUAUUGUGGCGACUGUGUUGGUGCUAAACAUGCACUAUCGCACCCCAGCAACAUACACCAUGUCCAAGUGGGUGAGGACGGUCUUCCUCCAGCUGUUACCCCGGGUCCUACUGAUGAGGAGGCCUCUAGACAAGAUGAGAGAAACAGGUUCUGAUAAAAUCCCCAGAUGCAUUUCCAGCAGGCCUGACAAAGUCAAAUUUACUGAUCAUGAAGAACCCAAACUUCUUAAAGAAAGCUGCCACUGUCAUCAAUCAAGUGAGUUUGCCCCUAGCAAGGGAAGAUUAAGCUACCAGCCCUUACAGUGGAUGACCGACAAGCCCGAGCGCUCACCUGAAGUCGAAGAUGUGAUUAGCAGCGUUCGGUUCAUAGCAGAAAACAUAAAAAACCACAAGGAAACAAGGGAGGUAAACGCACGCCUCCUCCAGCCCUUCCAGCUUGCGUGCUAG